AGAAGCCUGCAUACCCUAAGCUAGAUAGCUGCUGCGUUGUUCCAGCUCUGAUAAUAUUUCAGCAACCAUGUCUUCAGUUCAGCAUCUCAGAGAGUUUAUCAGAGAGCGACUARCUGCUGCUGCUCAAGAAAUCUUCACAGAGGUUGAAAAAACCAUCAUUUGCUACGAGGAAGAGCUCGAUGCUCAGCGCAGAAUGAUGGGGAUCGACUGGAAACCACAAAUUAAGCUACACGGAGUCGGUUCGGAGCUGCAGAGACAAAGUUCUGACCUCCAACAGCCAAGUGUCUCCAAUGAGGAGGAAGAUUCUGUCAUCCAACAAGUCUGGAGCCUGCCAAGUAGGUCCAGUCAGGACCAGAAAGAAGCAGAACAUCAGUGGACUGAAGAGGAACCGAUGGAACCAGAACCUAAAUUGAUUAAAAAAGAAGAGGAACCAGAACCUACACUGCUCAAACAUGAGGAAAUGGAAUAUCCACUAACAUAUGUAAGAAAAGAGGAGCCUGAUUCUUUGGUGCUUCAACAUAAACGGCAGCCACCAGAACAUUUACCAACUGGACAGGAUCAGAGGGACCUCUGCAGCAGUCAGGAGGGAGAGCAGCUUGUCCAGAAGCAGUUUGUUGCUGUGAUUGAGACUUCUACUCUUCAGGAAGAAGAUAUGAGUGAAGAAGAGACAAGAACAGAGCAGCUUUCCCUUCAUGUCUCUCCAGUGGUUGAGAGGAAAGAUCAGGAAGGAAGCAGCUGCUCUGCAUCAGAGAGUCAGUCUGAUACUCGCACAAAGAAAAGAUCUUUCAAAUGUGACAUUUGUGGGAGAUGUUACACACAUCAGUGUAACUUGAAAAUCCAUCACAGAACUCACACUGGUGAGAAACCUUUUUCAUGUGAAACAUGUGGAAAGAGUUUCUCCUUAAUGAAUGUUUUAAAUCGCCACAAGAAAAUUCAUACAGGUGAGAAACCUUUUUCAUGCCAGAUAUGUGGAAAGAGUUUCUCUCGAAUUAGUAACUUAAAUGUCCACAAGAGUAUUCAUACAGGCGAGAGGCCUUUUUCAUGCCAGUCAUGUGGAAAAACGUUCUCUCAAAUUAGCUAUUUAAAUCACCACAGGAAAAUUUAUGCAGGUGAGAAGCCUUUUUCUUGUCAAACAUGUGGGGAAAGAUUCUCUCAGAUUUGUGAUUUAAAUUGUCACAAGAAAAUUCAUAUUCCUGAGAGGCCUUUUUCAUGCAAGUUAUGUGGAAAAAGUUUCUCUCGAAUGGAGGUUUUAAAUCAUCACAAGAGAAUUCAUUCAGAUGAGAGGCCUUUUUCAUGCAAGUCAUGCGGAAAAGGGUUCUUGCGAAUUGGUGAUUUAAAUCGUCACAAGAAAAUUCAUACAGGUGAGAGGCCUUUUUCAUGCCAAUCUUGUGGAAAAAGCUUCUCUCGAAGGGAUAAUUUGAGGAUUCACAUGAAAACUCAUAUAGGUCAAAGGCCAUUUUAAAGCCAAACGUGGAAACGUUUUCUCCGAAAUUGAUCAUUAAGAUAUACUUAGGAGAACCCACAUGGGUGAGAUGUUUUCCACAUGAAAUAUGGGGUGAAAAAUGUCUUUCAUUAUGGUAAACUGAAUUUCCAUAUGAAACAAAUAUACAACAAGUAUAGGAGUUACAUGACAAUAAGUAAAAUUAUUUUUCUCCUGUGCAGUUGUCUCUUUUUUUGAGUCUGUCUGACCCAUUAAAAUUGUAACUGUAAAUCCUG